GGAGAGCGGGGAGCUGGUGCACACGCUUCCAGGGGCCGGCCAGGCGCUGUUCUCUGCACACGUCUGCAGCUCUGUGCCGAGCUGCCUGCUGUGGCCCCACGGGGAGACGCGUCACUCAGACCCCAGAGGGGAGAAGUGAACCUGCACGCCCGGGGCCUCAGGUGCCAGGAAGACGGCGCCGCUGGGCUCCUGUGGCCCCACUUCCUUUCGGGAUGGGCCUGGCCAUGGCUGUGGCCGUGCUGGCCCCACUCCAGGUGCCACAGGGCGGGGAGCGGGGCCCGUGAGGGGCGCCUGCUUGCACCCAAGCCCCCGAGCCCCCGAGGAUGAGCGCCGAUGUCCUCUAGCCCGUUGGGUGGCAGCGGCCGCGCAGCACUGGGACGUGCGCAGCCAUCGGUGAUGACGGUCCAGAAAGUGGUGGCGACGGCCGUGCUCGUGGCCCUCGUCUCCCUCGUCCUCAACAACGUGGCGGCCUUCACACCCGACUGGGUGUACCAGACGCUGGAGGAUGGACGCAGGCGCAGCGUGGGGCUGUGGCGCGCCUGCUGGCUGGCCGACAGGGGCCGUGGGGCCCCCCCGACUGCCGGCGCCCGACCCCCUGGGCAGGACACUCGGGACUGUGAGGCCGUGGGCUGGGGCUCCGAGUCAGCUGGCUUCCAGGAGUCGCGUGGCACCGUCAAACUGCAGUUCGACAUGAUGCGCGCCUGCAACCUGGUGGCUACGGCGGCGCUAGCCGCAGGCCAGCUCACCUUCGUCCUGGGGCUUACCGGCCUGUCCCUGAUGUCACCUGAGUCCCAGUGCUGGGAGGAGGCCAUGGCUGCAGCCUUCCAGCUGGCGAGCUUUGUCCUGGUCAUUGGGCUGGUGACCUUCUACAGAAUCGGCCCCUACACCAACCUAUCUUGGUCUUGCUACCUGGACAUCGGGGCCUGCCUGCUGGCCACCCUGGCUGCGGCCAUGCUCAUCUGGAACAUUCUCCACCGGAGGGAGGACUGCAUGGCUCCCCGCGUGAUUGUCAUCAGCCGUUCGCUGACUGCUCGCUUCCGCCGGGGGCUGGACAACGACUAUGUGGAGUCGCCAUGCUGAGGACUCUGCCCGUGAACUCCGGGAGGACGGAACAAUCUAGAAACCAAGUGCUGUUCCCUCUUUGCACAUCCCACAACACGCAGGGGUGCUGACCGUGCUCUGGGGGAUUGUAGUCCCCCAACGCCAUGGACCACAGCAGCAGAACGGCCCGCAGCCCAUGGCCUCCCUAUGGUGACAGACACGUGGAUGCCUCCUGGACUCAGCACUGACCAUCAGAUGGUCAUGGCUUUCCGAUGGGCUUUGUAUGGCCCGUCUGCUCCUAUUCUCUAAGUUAAAAUAAAACGCA